CGUGAAAUGUCUGUCGUGUCAGACUGCCUUAAGUGCAUUAGAAUGGAAAGGAGCAACAGAAUGGAGUCCUCAUGCUUGGAUCUGGCCCUCGAAGGUGAAAGGCUCUGUAAGGCUGGUAAUUAUCCCGCUGGUGUGUCUUUCUUUGAGUCUGCCAUCCAGGUUGGAACCGAGGACCUCCAAAUCCUCAGCGCAAUCUAUAGCCAACUCGGCAAUGCUUACUUUCACUUGCAGCAGUACAACAAAGCCUUGGAGUACCAUCGACAUGAUCUUACACUCACAAGGACGAUUGGCGAUGAACCUGGGGAGGCGAAAGCUAGUGGCAACCUUGGGAACACAUUAAAGCUUUUAGGACGCUAUAAUGAAGCUGUGGUUUGUUGCCAAAGACAUUUAGACAUCACCAGAGCUAUGUGUGAUAAGGUUGGGCAGGCCCGAGCACUGUAUAAUUUUGGGAACGUUUACCACGCCAAGGGUAAAAGCAUCUGUUGGUCUGGGACAGAGCCAGGAGAGUUUCCAGAGGAAGCAAGGAUAGCCCUAAGGAAAGCUUCUCAGUAUUAUGAGGCAAACUUGCUUUUGGUAAAGGAGUUGGGGGAUCAUGCUGCUCAGGGUCGCACUUAUGGGAACCUUGGUAACACUUAUUAUCUACUGGGUGAUUUUCAAACUGCUGUUGCAGCACAUGAAAAGCGCCUUCUCAUUGCCAAAGAGUUUGGAGACAAGUCUGCUGAGAGGAGGGCGCACUGUAACCUUGGCAAUGCUCAUAUAUUCCUCAGCCAAUUUGAAAUGGCGGCUAGUCAUUAUAAGAGGACUCUACAGCUGGCCCGGCUUUUAAAAGACAAGGCAGUGGAAGCCCAAGCCUGUUACAGUCUGGGUAACACCUACACACUCCUUCAGGACUAUGAAAGAGCUAUUGAUUAUCACCUCAAACAUCUGGUAAUUGCUCAGGACCUCAACGACAGGAUUGGUGAGGGAAGGGCAUACUGGAGUCUAGGAAAUGCCCACACUGCCCUGGGGAACCACGAGCAAGCUAUGCACUUUGCGGAAAAACAUCUGGAAAUUGCCAAAGAGACUGGAGACAAAAGUGGCGAAGCUACUGCACAGAUGAAUUUGUCAGACCUGCGGCUAGUUGUGGGUUUAAAGUCCAACAUCUAUUCCAACAUCCUCAGCAAAGCUAACAACACAUCUCUGUCAGUAAGCCAACAGAGUUACCUCAACAUGUCAGGGACUAAGUCACCAUCAAGGAGGCAAGGAAGUGCGGAAAACCUGGACACGAGUCCAAAACAUUCUGGAGAUUCAUCGUUUCAUCAGGAAUGGGAGGAAGACCGAAUCUCAAAGUCUUCAAAAAACAACACAAUAAAGGCUUCAACUAAGCUCUUCCUCUUUCACCGACUAAAAAGCAAGAAACAUAAAAACAAAUCCCCAAAAAACCAGCACGAAAGCCUGUCAGAUCAAUCAGGUCCUGACUUGGACCCACCAGUGUCUCCUCAGCCAGCAUCUAAGGACACAAUUGGGGAGGAUGGCUUUUUCGACCUUCUCUCUCGUUUCCAAGGAAACAGAAUGGAUGACCAAAGGUGCACUCUUUUAGAUGGUUCAAACCAUCAGCCUGCCAGUUCCUCUCCCUCAUCUACCCCACCUGUAGCUGAAAGGAAAUCUAUACUGGAGUGCGAGGUACCCUUGCAGGAUCCUGGUCAUUUCCUGGAGCUGCUGGCCAGCUCCCAGGCCCGUCGCCUGGACGACCAACGAGUCAGCCUGAACCAUUUUCCUGGCUUGAGACUCAGCACCUGCAACCGGCCCAGUACACCCUCCACCUCCAGCGAAAACCAAGAGCCCUCACAAGGCCCCAUUUCCUGUGCAGACCCAGCUCACACACCCUCCCAGUACAACUGCAUCGAGACCUGCGCUAGCCAACCGGAAGGGGAUGAUGUCUUCUUUGACAUGCUAGUUAAGUGCCAGGGCUCCAGACUGAAUGACCAAAGGUGCGCUGCGCCACCCUCUGCCACACGUGGACCAACUGUCCCAGAUGAGGAUUUCUUUAGUCUCAUCUUGCGUUCACAGUCAAACAGGAUGGAAGAGCAGCGAGUGGUACCACCGUCUGACGUCAGUCAGUCCAAACCAGACUGA